AUGGGAGCAAAGGUAAAAGACCAGACAUCCGUCGAGAUGCACGAUGUCAAUGAGCCACGACAUGCUCAUCCAGAAGAUGACAAGCCGUCGUCAUGGAAAGAUGCGUUGUUCGGAAGACGUGCAAGGAAGUACGCAUUCAUCUUUAUCGUCGCUUUCUUGGCUGUUCUUACUGUUAAAGACGUCUUCGACCUGUUCGAGGAAUACUUUGAGUAUCCAAAGGAAUCAGACAUCAACAUUGUGUUCAACGAGUCUAUGACCAUGCCAAAUGUCACUUUCUGCAUGUCUCGAGCGCAAGCUUGGUCUCAUUUCAAACUGAAUCUCAGUGCUCCAGCUGACGAGUGGGACGCCGUUGUUGAUGAAAGUCUUGCCAAUAUGACUGACCAUGAUGCCUUCAUGAAGCAACCAUGGGACUAUCGACUUGUAAUGGAAGCAUACGAUAUGAUAGCAACAUACAGCAGUUUGGAGAGAGAAACCACUGCUCAUGGAUCAGCUCGUUCGAUUCAUGUGUUCAAGAACUCUCCGAGACUCGCAGCAAAGAGAAAGACAUUCAAGAAAUGGAGAGAUAUUCUUGACUCCCGUCGUAUCACUUUCGAUGAAUUCACACAGAAAACUGGUAUUGAAGUUCUCCGUCGUUCCAUGCAAAGAUUCAGAAGAAGAACAUUCGAUGACGACGAUACUGUCAUCAAGACGAAGCUCAGAAUCUCAUGGAUUUCACAGAUGCAAAUUUGCUACCAACCAGAAUUUGACAAAGAUAACUUCAAAACCAUCGAUGAUCAAGGAGUAUUCUUUGACAUGUUGCUAUCCCACAAUGCAGAGAACACAGAAGGACAAAAGAUCGACUGCAUGUCUGUUGAUUUCCACGGAAGACCAUCUUCAUUGAACAGAUUCAUGGAAGGAAAGGGACGGUCUAGAGAUGGAUUCAUUGAUGAGCUCUGUUUGGGACAACGUCACGAAGUUACCGCUCAUGUGACUGCACUCUAUCAGAUGUUAGAGAACGACGAGGAAGGAACAAGAUGUCGUGAUGUCGAAGAUGGAGAGGAUAGUGAAUUCAAUUGCCGAUCCAGAUGCCGUAUGGAGAUGAUUCGAGACGCAUGCCACUGUACACCACUUUCAUUGAGUUACUUGGCCAAGAAAGAGGAUAUGGAGAUCUUCCCUCUCUGUGACUACACACAAUGCACAGUCGAUGUUCAAAAAGGCAACUAUUCCGACACAGAAUGCGCUAACAAGUGCUUCCCCGAUUGCCGUCAAAUCAGAUUCGAAGUUGAUCACUCUGUGAAGGGACGUAUGCUUCGUCCAGACUUGACACUUGUCGAGCUUUCAUGGGGACCAUUCGAGUAUUUGACUAUGGAACAACAAUGGAAAUACACUCCAACCACUUUCAUUGCCGCUCUGGGAGGAUCCAUUGGAAUGUGGCUAGGACUUUCGAUUCUUUCUCUUAUUCAGCUAGUCACAUACUCCUACACAUAUUUCACUAAGAAGAUUGUGAACGAAAAGAUCCUCAAAAAGGGAAAUACGUUCGACAGAAGGGAUGGAGAAGAUGAGGAUGGUGACUUCACAAUCGACAACGGAACCGAGAGAAAGAAGAUGUCACUGGCGGAAAAUCCAUUCGCCGAGUUCUUCCCUGGAGGAUCUCCCGAACAGCCCAAGAAGGGUGGAUCUAAGCCAAACUCACGUCAAGCAUCGCUCGAUAAGGAAGGUGGAAACUCCCAAGGAUACAGUGCAAAUCCCAAAGGCACCCGAUCCUAA